AAGCCUCGCUCUCCAUCUCCACAUCGGUGGUGCCGCCCGCCAUCGCCACCACCUCUUUUCCCUCCCUCCCUUCCCUCCCCUUUCGCCUCCCUCCUCCUCUCCUCGCCAUUGCUAUUUGCGAGCUCUCUCUCUCUCUCUCUCCAGCCUCCAAACCCUAGCUCUUCGGAAGGCGCGGAGAUGAGAUGGGACGCGGCGGAGGCGGGGGCCGUGCUGGAGCGGAUCUGGGACCUCCACGACCGCCUCAGCGACGCCAUCCUCGCCGUCUCCCGCGCCCACUUCCUCCUCCCUCCUCCGCCUCCGCCUCCCCCUCCGCCGCCGUCGGCGCCGCCUGCGCGCGACGGGGGCGGGCGGAACGGGUGCGUGUUCGUCAAGGGGGUGGGUGGCUGUGGGUCCGCGAAGGCCGCCGCGGCGGAGGCCAUGGCGGAGGCGAGGAGCCUGCACGCCAUCCGGACGGCGCUCGAGGACCUCGAGGAGCACCUCGAGUUCCUUCACACCGUACAAUCGCAACAACGGGCAGAGCAGGAUGCUGCAAUUGCUAGAUUGGAGCAGAGCCGUUUGGUCCUUGCCAUGAGGCUAGCUGAACAUCAGGGCAAGAAGUAUAGAGUCAUUGAUGAGACCUUGGCAUUUGUAGGCGAAGUCGGUGACAAGAGUCGAUUCAUCUCACCAGAAGAUGUUCGUGCAACUCAUAACCAGUCAGGGGAGGAUGCAAUGGAUAGUGGGAGCAAUGGUUCAAGUAUCAUGGGAAAUGUGUUAUCUUGUAGCCUAUCUUUAGCCAAGAAUUCAUUUCGAGUGGACAAAAUUGGUUCUGCUCUGGGUAAUGCUGCAGCGUUUGCUGUAAGUAUGCUUGCUUUCUUGCAGCUUCAUCAAGUUGCCUUUGGAAGCAAAUCUCCAGCAAUUGAUUUCAGGAGGAGCAGUUUCCAUUUGGGGAGCUCACUACAGAAUCACAAAGGAAAGCAGCUUGAGGUGUACCUGGCCCGAGGUUGAGGAACCAAGAAAUUACUUGCUACUGUCUGUACAGAAGUUUUGACCAAAUACGACUUCUCACCGGUUUUGUUAGGGCACUAAUCAUUCUUUACUAGGAUACUAAUUGUUUAUCGUUUGGACAAGUUGGACUAUGUUCCAAUUAAUAGGUAUCACAACUCUCAACCUGUAAAUGGAUUUGUGCUUAAAGAUGGAAUGAUUGCUUGUAAGU